AUACCUGAUACUCUAUUCAGAUUGGUACAAAAACGGUUUCGCUGGCACCACGAUGGAUAUGCCCUCCGCCUUCCAUCACGAGCAAUGGAAUCAAUUUCUCAGCACGAAUCCCCAGUUCAUCCACGAACGCCAGACCACAGAGUCUUUCUCCCGCACUGUUGGCAAGCUGCUGUAUGCUUGCGUCAUGGGUGACACAACCCCGGGUCCGAGCCCUAAGUCCCGUCUGGACAUCGCUGUCUUCCAUGUGGAUAACAACCGUGGUUCUAUUAGUACCAAUGUAGAUUUCUGCUAAUACCGAGAGUAGCCAGCGCUGACUAAUUUAUCUACGUAGGAUCCAUGUACGCUCCUGGCCAACAGCCUGGACGAGUAUGGUGGAGCCUACAUGGGCAACGACUUUGUCUCUAAGGCUGGCGCCGCAACUGGUGCUACCGUCGGAACCAAGAUCUCGACCUCGGUGAUGGUUGCUUUGUACCAGGGAACCAGUCUUAUUACCGAGACUGUCGAAAAGUGUAUCGUCCCCCGGGGUUCGGAACCUAGCAUGUUUGCAAGCCCUGGUGAUUCCGGUGCUUUGCUUUUCGAUGCUAAGCGCAACGCUGAAGGCAUAGUUUGGGGCGGCGGCAGUAUUAAACCUGCUUCUGACCACACGACUACCCCUAACAGCAGCAUUUCUGACGUGUCUCUCCAAGUCCUGACGCCCGUCCCGGGCCUUGAUGCCAGUAAGUUCGUGUACUACACAGAGCUUCAGCACGUCAAGGAGUAUAUCCAGCAGAAGCUGGAUACUGAGUACGGCACUGGAAACUACGAGGUGCUUUGGGGUCCAGGAGGCCAGCGGUGGAUCUAGUAGCCGUUGGGGGCGAGUUGUUUGCCUGGAUAUAUC